AUGGAGGGCUCCUCUUCGCCGCCGCCCGCCUACUCGGACCUCAGGCGGGGCCUGGGGAAGAGCAACAGCGGCGCCGACCUGCAGAUGAACGGCGACGAGGAGGCGCCGGGCCCCGAGGAAGAGGAGAUCCACGCGCCCAAAAACUACCUGUGGCUCAGCAUCCUUUCCUGCUUCUGCCCGUCCUACCCCAUCAACAUCGUGGCCUUCGUCUUCUCAGUGAUGGUAAGCCUUGUGUGGUGUUUUUUGGGGUGGGUUUAAGGGGGCGCCGUCGGGGCUGGAGCGUCCCUAUCUCCACGAUUGCGCCCCUCCCCAGUCCGUCGCCUCCUACUGGACAGCUCCUACUUGGAAAGGGGAAGGACAAAAUAAUAAUAAUAAUAAUAAUAAUAAUAAUAAUAAUAAUAAUAAUUUAUUUAUACCCCACCCAUCUGGCUGGGCUUCCCCAGCCACUCUGGGCGACUUCCCCCAAAAAAAUUAAAAUACUGUAACACAUCAAACAUUAGGGUUUAAAAGGGUUGUAGUCAGCUGGACCCUACUCAGAGUAGACCUUUUGAUUUCUUUCCAAGCCCUACUCAAGGGAAUAUUGGUUGGACUCAAUGGGCAUGAGGUAGCCAUGCCCGUUGGCUUCAGGGGGUUUACUCUUGAGUAGAACCAGCAUUGGAGAGAUUCACUGACAUUAAAAGGACACCAGUUAGCCAUGUUCCUUACUUUUAGUGGGUCUAAUGACAGCCCCAGCUGACCCGUGAUUCCCCUGGACUAUAGAGGGAGGGGACACAACACCCCCUAUGAAAUUUAUUUUUCAGAACCUCUCCUUUCCAGCUUCAGUCUCCACUGCAUCUUUAGAUACUGACCCGCUGCAGGUGUAACUCAAAAGUCCCAUGGAGUUCAAACAGGGGCUUGCAUCUAACGAAGCAUGGAUGUAAUGGCAGCCCCGACCUAUUAAUGGUUGGCCCAGAAGCAAGCUUCCUGGGUGAUAUUUAGCUGGGCUUAACUUUCCAGGAAGUGCAAUAGAUGGUUUCAAGAUGCAAUGUUAGGAAGGGAGCCUCCAGAUGUCAUUCCAUUGUCAGUCCACACUUCCCCAAGCAUUUCUGCACUACUUUCCUUCCUGAAAAAGCCCCCCUUUUUUUAAAAAAGGUGAAUUUACUGCCCGAGAACACUUUAACCCACUUCUAAUUGCUCAAGCCUAAAUUUGCAGCUAUGCAACUGAAUCUUUCUCCCAAAAGAACCACAGGCUGUGUGUACAUAUUGCUGGCUUAAAAUCCAGCUAGGUUGUUCUUUUUUCCCCAGUUGGGAUCAAAGCCAGGGUGGGUGUGGGGUUUUUUUGGGGGGAGGGGAUUGCAGCAUUUUGUAAAAAAUAAUAAUACAGAAUCAUAGAAUUCUAGAGCUGGAACCUGCUCAAAGGGGUUGUCUAGUCGCUUCUCCCUGCAAUGGGGGAAUCACAGUUGAGGGUAGAUUUUACCAUUAUUUAUUAUUGCAUUUCUCUCUCUCCCCCACCUUCGUCCCAAAGGGGUUCAGAGCAGCAAAAGGCAGGAUAGAUGUGGAUUGAACCCAGGGGUGAGAGUGCAGUGGGUGCAGAGUAAAAGGGAAAUGUGUGUUUACACAGCCCCAAUCUGGAGGGGACCUGCGUUUACUCCGGAUCCUAAGCACUGCUGAGUUCAGUGGGGCUCACUGUGCUGUUGGUGCAAGCCUAUGUUAAGGUUGUAACCUUUUGUCUCAAGAUUUUGUUAUCAAUACAGUGGUACCUCGGGUUAAGUACUUAAUUCGUUCCGGAGGUCCAUACUUAACCUGAAACUGUUCUUAACCUGAAGUACCACUUUAGCUAAUGGGGCCUCUUGCUGCUGCCGGUUCUCAUCCUGAAGCAAAGUUCUUAACCCGAGGUACUAUUUCUGGGUUAGCGGAGUCUGUAACCUGAAGUGUAUGUAACUCGAGGUACCACCGUACUGGAUGGAAGUUGUGGUUUCUGUAGUGCAAAGAUUCCGCUUUUCAGUUACUUGCCUUGAUUACAGUAUCUGACUGUCUUGUUUCUGGAACUUGUUCUCCUUCUGGUGCCCAGUCCAUACAACAACCAGGAUGGUGUAGCGGUUGCAGCAUCAGACUAGGGAUUCGGGAGAGCCGGGUUCAAAUCCUCCCUCCCUCACUGGGCGACUUUGCGUCCCUUCCCAACUCUCUCUUGGCCUAGCCUCCCUCACAGGGUGGUUGUGAGGAACAAAUGGGGGAGGGGAGAAGAACCUUUGAGCUCUUUGAAAAGUGGGAUAUAAGUGCAAUGAAUAAAUACAAUUUCAAUAACAUGCACCAUUGGUUUUGUUUUCAGAGUGAGAGAGGGAUUUCAGAUAAUGAGCGGCGAGUGAUUGUUUCUUGUACAACACCAGGCAUAGGAAAGAUAGAACAGCAAAGUUAAAACCAGAGAGCCAGUGUGGUGUAAUAGUUAGCAUGUCAGACUAGGACCUGGGAGACCAGGGUUCAAGUCCCCGCUUGGCUAUGCAGCUCACUGGGUCACCCUUGGAGGCCAGUCACUCUCAGCCGAACCUACCUCGCAGGGUUGUUGUGGGGACCGAAUGAGAAGCAGAAGAAGCACAUACACCGCCUUGUGUGGAUCUGGGUUGACCUGGGAUUUGGGUGGAUCAGACUGAGGCAGCCUUGGAUACCCUUGGCUUGGAUCAAGUCCACCUGAAGCAAUCCAGGGCUGUCAAAAUGCAAGGCAAGGAAAGCAGGGAGAAGGAGCCCUUUGUGACUCUGUAAGGUUCCUGAAUUGGGUCAGGGGCUGGAUCCAAGUUGGGUGCAAGACAGGACGGGAGACCCGCUCAGCCCUCACAUGCACACAUGAGGAAGAUGUGCACAAGUCUUUUAUAGUGGUGCAUGGUUUGUUGGCAAGUUGUCAUCCUUGUUGUUGUUGUUGUUUAGUCGUUUAGUAGUGUCCGACUCUUCGUGACCCCAUGGACCAGAGCAGGCCAGGCACUCCUGUCUUCCACUGCCUCCUGCAGUUUGGUCCGACUCAUGUUUGUAGCUUCGAGAACACUGUCCAACCAUCUCGUCCUCUGUCGUCCCCUUCUUCUUGUGCCCUCCAUCUUUCCCAACAUCAGGGUCUUUUCCAGGGAGUCUUCUCUUCUCAUGAGGUGGCCAAAGUAUUGGAGCCUCAGCUUCAGAUCUGUCCUUCCAGUGAGCACUCAGGGCUGAUUUCCUUAAGAAUGGAUGCGUUUGAUCUUCUUGCAGUCCAUGGGACUCUCAUCCUUACCCCCCUGGCAAUUCUAAACUUUCUUCUCAUCCCAUUCACUAUUCUUUCCAUUCCAGUGCCUUAGGUGUGAAUUUCAGAGCAGAGGGUGGUGAACUCCCUUGCCCUGUGUUCUGGCAGAUUCUAGGCUAUAUGGAAGUGAGAUCCAGGAAGCAAAGAUGGUUUAGGAGCUCUAGCCUGGAAAAGGGUGUGAGAUCGGCUCAUCGGUCCCCUCCACCCACCCUGCAAUAAAAAAAAUACCACAAGCUCUGGGGUCCUGGUAGGAUGCAGUUUGUGACCAAAUCUAUAGGUUUAUUACAGCAAACUUAAAGCAGAACUUUUAAAUUCUUGAAGCAUAAUAUUUCCAGCAGCUGAUAAAAAUGACCAUUAGUUGCUCUGAUGAAAAGGAUGAUUUUGAAACUUCUGUUUUGUCCGUCAUUAUAAUAUCUCUCUUUCUCUCUAGUAGGUGAAGAUCUGUGGCCCAUUUUGGCCCAUUUUGCAGUUCUGCCUGUCUCAGGGGUAGAGAGUACACCUUCUGCAUGCUAACUGCUGUCUCCUUCCCGACAUUGGGGUAGGGUUGGGGUCAGGGGUACGGCAUCCGCCUUGCAUUCAGAAGGACCCAGAUUCAAUCCCCAGCAUCUCAAGGUAGGGCCAGGAAAGACCCCUGUCUGAAAGCCUGGGAGAGAUGCUGCCAGCCAGUGUAGACAAUACUAAGCUAGAUGGACCAAUGGUCUGACUCAGUUUAUGGCCGCUUCCUAUGUUCCUAGCUGCCAACCCAGAAGCCCAAGAGGAGUGUGAAGGCAGAGGUUCCUGUGGCCAAAGGACCAUUCAACAGCCCAACUUAGCCCUGACUGUCUUUUACCAGUUUGAAAGAUUUUGACCCCUGCUCUUCAGCUGAGGGUGGGAGGAAGCUUCCCAGAGUGGCUUACAGCUACCAAUAAUAAGACUUGGCUUAUAAGCUAAAAGAUACAAUGCAAAAGGAAAAAGGAGGAGGAGGGAGGAGGAAGAAGCAAAUUCAGGUGCUAGGUCUUCGCUCUGGAGUUCAGCUGUAAUAGGUCAAGGAGAUGAGGUGCCAAAAAAAGUCCCGUGUGUGCAUGUGUGUACAUGUGUGUGUGCGGGCGCAUGCAGGCACAUAGAGGAUUCGGGAUUCGGGAGAUCAAAAACACUUCCAGUUGCAACUCUUUUUUCAAUAAGAGCAACAUUGGGCUGUGCAUAUGAGACCCUUCUGCAACAAAUGUACACUAUAUUGUUCUCCCCGUAUUGAUUGCUAGAGGCUGCGCCCCUGCUCACUCAGUUCACAAACCUCCCACCGUUUCUCCGCCCCCCCAGAGCUUCCCCUUCCCACCUCAAGUGACUGCUAAGCUCCCUAUUGUUCCCCAUUUUUCUCUUCUAUUCUGCAGUCCCACUCUGCACCCCCAUUUUCACAGGCAUGCCCAUGACUAUGCCCCCCCCAAGUUCCUUCAGUUCCCUCCAUCCCUACUUCACAUAAACCUCUGCUCUUGUUUUCAACCACAACAUUUCACCUGUCAAUGCCCCUCCCUCCUCGCUCCCAUGACAUGGCCACUGGUGUUGUGCAGCUUGUCUCCUCACCCCACCCUAACCUCCUGCAAAUCUGGGAUUUUGAUGCGAGACCCAAAAUCCUCCCAAUGGGGGGGGGCCCUACGUGACGACAACCUUACAUUUUUAUGCAUAUAGGAAGAUAAGUGUAGAAGUGUGGGUGGAUACGUGCACAACACGGACCAUCCAUUCCGAGAGAGUCCAUUUAGCCAACCUAAUGGGUUGCGGUCCAUUACUUGCGCGAAGGGAGAAAUGGCUGGCCGUUUCAGAGCCCUGAGAGAUUAGGAGAGGCUAAGGGUGUGUGCUUGUGUGUGCCAAAGAACCUCGAAGCACGUUCUGUCUGCAGUUGGCAGGACGGUGGACUGGAGACAGAAGGUAUUUCGCUAAGAGAGAUGGCUUCUCCCCCAUCUCUCUGGGGACCAUAAAGCUUUCAAGCAGCAAGGGUUAUUUGAGAGCUCAAAAGAGAUGCCUCGAAUCACUAUAUAGAUAUCUCACCCUGCUGAUCUGCUCUUUAAAUAAUGGGUACCAUUUUCUCGCCAUCAGAGUUAAUGGCUCAACAAAAAAACAAGUACGAAUGGCACCAGCCCAGUACAGCAAUAUCCAACUGCCUUGUCCACACUCGUUCCUCUGCAUCAAAGGUAGGGAACCUCUUUCAGCCUGAGGGCCGCAUUUCCUUCUGGGCAAUCUUCCAGGGGCCACAUGCCAGUGGUGGGUGGAGCCAGAAGGAAAACUGGGAGGAGCAACAGAUGCAAAUUGGACCUCUGUACAAUAGGCUAGUUUCUACACACACACACACUCAUAUUCCAGGCAAGCAAGAGGCACGAUCACAGUUCAAGGACACAUUCCAACCAGGCAAAACACUCAAGGAGGGUGCAAAGCAGGGCUGGUAAGGGCUGUGGCCUGGGGAGGAGAGAUGCGGCUGGAGAGGAGUGUGUGAUAUGGGCAUAGGUGUAGCCAGGAUUUAUGGUGGGGGUGGCAGGGCACCCCACCUGGCAUCAUCGUCGGUCUGGCUCUGAUACCUAGCACAUUUGGAAUGAAGGGUCUCAGCUGUUUUUAAGUGACUUUCUUUUGACCCCAAGUGCUCAGGAAAAUCUGUCCAAUUCUUUCUCCAAUUUCUAUUUUUAGUUAAGUAUUUUUAUUUAUUUAUUUGAUGGGCAUGGGGAGAGUCUCAGGGGCCAUGUGGAGGGUUGAAUUUGGCCCCCAGGCCCAAGGUUCAAUAGAAGCUUAUAAAAUUAUACAGUGGUACCUCAGGUUACAUACACUUCAGGUUACAGACUCCGCUAACCGAGAAAUAUUACCUCGGGUUAAGAACUUUGCUUCAGGAUGAGAACAGAAAUCGUGCAGUGACGGCACGGCAGCAGCAGGAGGCCCCAUUAGCUAAAGUGGUGCUUCAGGUUAAGAACAGUUUCAGGUUAAGAACGGACCUCCAGAACAAAUUAAGUAUCGUAUUUUUCGCUCUAUAAGACACACAAGACCACAAGACGCACCUAGUUUUUGGAGGAGGAAAACAAGAAAAAAAAUAUUCUGAAUCCCAGAAGCCAGAACAGCAAGAGGGAUCGCUGUGCAGUGAAAGCAGCAAUCCCUCUUGCUGUUCUGGCUUCUGGGAUAGCUGCGCAGCCUGCAUUCGCUCCAUAAGACACACACACAUUUCCCCUUACUUUUUAGGAGGGAAAAAGUGAGUCUUAUAGAGCAAAAAAUACGGUACUUAACCCGAGGUACCACUGGACACAGCUGGGAGAAAGUGGUGCAGAGCGGUAUGAAAGCACCUUAAUAAAUAAAACGAAACAAACGUCUUUAACCGAAGCAUAUUUAGCUUUCUCUCCAGCUGAAAAAGCCUCCCACAGUGGUUGACAAAGAUCAAUAACAAGGCAACCCUGACUUUUUAGAGUUGCGGCCUAAAAGGCACGUCACAAAAGGAAAAAUGAAUGUGGAGGGAGAAGGGGGGAAGCCUUUGGGCUUACCAUAGAAAAUACAUGAAACAGAAGGGGGCAGGGGAGAAAUGAAGCCAUUUCAUUUAGGAGAAAACAAACCACAAUCCUUGAAUCUGAUGUAACGCAAAGCCAAGGCUUCUUGGUUUGUUUGUCUAUUCUGCUUCUACCAGCGGAUGAUAGAAGAGGAGGCAAUUGGGCAGUAUAUACCCGCCUGCUGUUCUUUCACAAUAAACCACAAUAAGUCAUAACAUCUGGUUUAUCAUUACGUGCAAACAUGGCCAUCAACUCAUACAAGUCUGGGUAGGGGAACUUCAGGCCCAGGGGCCACAACUGGCCCUCCAGCCAUCCCUGCCUGACCCCUGGCACUCUCCACAGGCCACACCCUCCUAGAGGUCAAAUUUAAAUACGUUGCUCCACCCAGUUGUGCUUCUGGCUCCACCCAUUUGGCCCCCAGAAGGUUCCCCAGGAAGGCAGGAGGCCCUCACUCCCAUAGAAGCUGCAAUGUAUUCGUUUUGUAUUGUCUUAUGGAUAAGCUCUUGCAAGGCUCCCACAAAACCCAAGCGUAAUGAGAAGCAGAGGAAUGCCCACAUGAUAUAUUUGCUGCAUUGCUUCUGAAAAAGGGCCAGAGGAGACACUUGAUCCACUAGCAAUUUCCCUCCGGGCCUGCAAUUCAGCUUAUGCAGCAUGCUGUCAUUGCAUGUGCAGCUGAGUAGACCUCUGCCUAGUUGCGUAGCCGAUAGGAUUUAUUCUGUCUGCUGAAUGUCUUCUUGAUGCCCUGGCAUUCUGAAAAGCUUGCAUCCGUCGUGAAUCGCCUGUGCUCCCAACCUGCCACAAUUUAUAACAAUUCCUCUGAGGGGAGGAGAAAUAGGAUGCCUUAUACUAAGUCAGAUUGCUGAUUCCAGCUAGCUCAGAAUUGUCCGCAAUGGCGGAGGAACCUGGGGCGGGGCAAACCGCCCAGCGGCACACGCGCAACAUCCCACACGGUCACUGUGUGAGCGGCAGCCCGUGCGAAUGCCACGCAAGCAGUGCCCAUACUAACUGCACAUGCGCCCUCGGCUGCUCUACAGCUGGGGGGGCAGCGAGCCAUCUUGUCACCCCCCGAGUGGUGCCCGGGGCGGCCUGUCCCCUCCACUCCCCUUCGUACUCUCCUGAUUGUCCGUCUUGGGAGUCAUUCUGCAAAGAAACAGUAAAGAUGUUUGUACCUUUAAGAACUGUUUCUGUAAGCUCUGGGCAGAUUGGGUACAGCUGGUCAUGACUACAAAAGGAGGAAAAGUUGCAGUUUGAAUCUGCCUGCAAGGACUAACACCCACAAGCUUUGUUGUUUGUUGUUUUGUAAUGAAACCUUUAUUGAAUUUGGUUUUACACCGGUCUUAUGGUGUCGUAGUUUCUGUCACCUGCCACCAGAGGAAAAAAACCCUCUAACAGUCCGCACUGAUGGAAGUCUCUCCUAGCCCUAUCUCAGGAGUCUGCAACCUUUAAGACAAAAAGAGCCACUUGGACCCAUUUCCGAAGGAAAAAAAACUGGGAGCCGCAAAACUCGUCAUUAUAAAAAUAACUUUUUUGUCACUUUUUUAAUUAUUUCUUUGUUUGACCCCUCAGAAUUACUCCUCCUCAUAGAAAUAAACGUUAAAUUAACAAGUUACCUUUUUGUGUGUGUGUGUGUGUUCUUCACUCCCCUUCAACAGUGACCAGCGUACAUGCCCCCUUUCAAUGCAGUGACCAGCGUACAUGCCCCUUACAAUGUAGCGGGCGGGUGGGCGGGAAGGUGACGUCGGGACGGUGCGUGACUAACGCACGCCCCGCCCCCAUGCGACGUCACAGCCAGUACAGCGCCCGCCACAGUGGGGAGUGUCGGGGCACACAAUGCGCCUCCUCCCCUCGCUAGUAUCCGCCCCGGAGCCGCGGCAAAGGUGUAAAAGAGCCACAUGCGGCUCUGGAGCCGCGGGUUGCAGACCCCUGCCCUAUCUGGAGAUGCCAAGAAUUCAACCUGGGGCUUUCUGCUUUCAAGGCAGAUGCUUAUUCAUCAUGGGCUGGCCAAGUCGGGAAAAUGCAGAGGGAGGAUAUGGGGGAGGCCUUCAGUGGGAUGUGGGGCAUCUGCUGGGAGUGGGGAAAUUUGCUGGCAAGGAUUGGAGGGUGGGGCGCUUCCUUAGCCUGCUCUCUCCCCUCCUCCCUUUCCAAGUUUGGUGGAGAACCUCUGUCAGACACAGCUGUCUGAUACUGGGGAUAGCUCUGCCUUCCCAGGAGAGAAUAGUUCACCAGUCCCAGCCACCUCUCAGGUGGUAGCGACUUGUUCCCUGCCACCCAAGUCCAGGACGAGCCCAAAGAGAAGGAAACACAGGGCUCUGCCUGCUGAGCAUUGCAAGAGAUUGCAGAAACUCUUUCAGCCUUAAGAUGAGCGCACCCUGUUCCUAUAUGCAGGAUAGUCAUCGGAUCAACUUUCAAAGCUUUGCCAGCUGGAGUUCCUGCCUUUGUUGUAGCUGUUAUUGAGGAUUAGCAAAGAGUAUUGCCUAAAGUGCCUUAAACCAACAAUCUGCCUAUAUACCACAAUAAUCUAAGCAUACAGGAAAAUAGGUUUCCAGAAGGAGAGGUCAAAAUUAGAAACAGAACUGUUAGAACCCAAUACUAAGAAUCUGUCGAGAAUGUAUAAUCUGCUGUUGAAAUGGAACACACAGGAUGAAACGGUGAAAUCAGCUAUGAUAAAAUGGGCACAAGAUAUUGGUCAUAACAUUAUGUUUGCUGACUGGGAACAGCUGUGGACCACCGGUACUAAAUUUACGGCAUGUAAUGCCUUAAGAGAAAACAUUAUGAAAAUGAUGUAUAGGUGGUACAUGACCCCAGUCAAGCUUGCAAAAAUUUAUCAUCUGCCCAAUAAUAAAUGCUGGAAAUGUAAUGAGACUGAAGGUACUUUUUACCACCUUUGGUGGACCUGCCCGAGGAUAAAAGCUUUUUGGGAAAUGAUCUAUAAUGAAAUUAAGAAGGUUCUUAAAUGGACCUUUCCUAAAAAACCUGAGGCUUUUCUCCUGGGCAUAGUCGGCCAAUUGGUGAGAAGGAAGGACAGGACGUUUUUUAUGUAUGCGACUACAGCAGCAAGGAUUCUUCUAGCAAAGUAUUGGAAGACACAACAACUACCCACACUGGAAGAAUGGCAGACGAAGGUGAUCGACUACAUGGGACUGGCGGAGUUGACUGGCAGAAUCCGUGACCAGGGGAAAGAGACAGUGGAAGAAGAUUGGAAGAAAUUUAAAGUUUAUCUUAGAACUUGUUGUAAAAUUUAGGAAUGUUAAAAUGUCAAGGGGUUGUGAAACAGAGAAUUGCAGCUGUAAUUAACAAUAUUAGAAGAACUUAAAAGAAAUUGAACUGAAAAAUUAGUCGACUGAGGAGUUGCUGAAGAAAUAUAAAACAAGGAUGCAGAAAAGGGGAGGUAUGGGGAAGUCCGGAAAGUAAGGUUUAUGAAAAAAUGGUUAUGAAAUUGUACAUGUUUAUAUGUUUGUAUGUUGGUGUACUGUGUAUUGUUUGUUUUCUCUUUGUUUUUUUAUUCUGUGUUUGGAAAAUUAAUAAAAACUUAUAUUAAAAAAAAAAACAAUAAUCUAAGCAUAAAAGCCUUUGGAAAGAGUGUAUCAAUUUUCUUCAGCAACUGGGAGCCAGGACAAUUCUCUGCUACUGAACUAUGGCCAUUCUCAAGGUUUCAUCCUGCUCUGAUCUGAGGGAUGGGUGGGGAGGGGAAGGUUCCAGCACCAUGGAGAGCUCCGAGCAAACCACUUGUUCCAUCAAAGGUAGAGGUGGACCGAGGUCCUCGUGUAUAUUCAUGAAAACAAUAUACAAACGUGAAUUAAAUUAGGGUAAAUGUCUUGCAAAAAGAGAUGUGUAUAUUUGCCCAACAGGCAUGCAAAAAUCUGUCUAUAUACCUUAAGAAAUGUCCAGAUUGGUACAUUUUUAAAAUGUUGAGUCUGCCACAUUGAUUCACAAUGGUGGCCAAUAUCAAAACAUAGUUGAAAAACUGCUCCGUGAUCUCAGGAGCCAUUGUGCCAAAUUGCUUGUGUCACCUUAAUCAUAAAUAAAUAGAGGAUUUAGCUUUUUGCCCUCAGCUUUCACCUGACCUUUUCGUAGUUUAUAUGCCAGGAAAAAACCUAGAACUUCUACAUGUUGCUGACCAUCACUGGCUCUUGUGGGAGUGAGUUCCGUAGUUUAACUAUGUCCUGUGUGAAAGAGUCCUUUUAUCUGUCCCAAAUCAUUCAGUUUUAUUUUAUGUCCCUGAGUUAUAGCAUUAGGAGAGAGGGAGAAAAGCUGUUCUCCAUCCAUUUUCUGUGUGCGAUGCAUCAUUUUACAGUGGUACCUCAGGUUAAGUGAUACCUCGUGGUAUUUUACAGUGGUACCUCGUUCCGGAGGUCCGUACUUAACCUGAAACUGUUCUUAACCUGAAGCACCAUUUUAGUUAAUGGGGCCUCCUGCUGCCGCCGCGCUGCUGGAACACGAUUUCUGUUCUCAUCCUGAAGCAAAGUUCUUAACCUGAAGCACUAUUUCUGGGUUAGUGGAGUCUGUAACCUGAAGCGUAUGUAACCUGAAGCGUAUGUAACCUGAGGUACCACUGUAUAAGGUUCUAUCAUGGCACCUCUUUCUCGCCUUUUCUCUAAACUAAAAAAUCCCAAAUGCUGCAAAUUUUCCUCAUGGGAGAGUCAUUUAAACCAAAGUCAGCUACAAUUUAGGAGCAAAUAAAUGUCAGUAAAACCACACCUAAAAAUAGUUUGCCCUCUUACUCAAAUGCCUGGCCAGUAUCUAUGGCCUCCAGGUAAAACCAGAAUCCCUUUCCUCCUCCCCUCCACCUCGCGCUGCUCAGAUGCAUAUUCUCUCAAGUGGACAGCUGAGCCUUCGAAGGGCAGCACUUAGUUAAAUUGCUGUGGGAUUUAUUGAUCAGCUAUGGUGGAGCAAUGAACUGUACAACAAAUGCAGCAGUAAUAAACAGCUCCUGGAUAAAUGGCCGCUUCGUCCCUGGCGUUGAUUGGGAAUAGCCAGUGUGGUGUAGUGGUUAGAGUGUCAGGCUCUAGCACCCGGGAGGUAAAGGGACCCCUGACCAUUAGGUCCAGUCGCGAACGAUUCUGGGGUUGUGGCUCUCAUCUCGCUUUACUGGCCGAGGGAGCCGGCGUACAGCUUCUGGGUCAUGUGGCCAGCAUGACUAAGCCGCUUCUGGCGAACCAGAGCAGCGCACAGAAACGCCGUUUACCUUCCCGCCAGAGCGGUACCUAUUUAUCUACUUGCACUUUGACGUGCUCAGGGUUCAAAUUCCCCACUCAGCCAUGGAGUGCAUUGGGUGACCUCAGGCCAGUCAUUAACCUACCGUAUUUUUCGCCCCAUAGGGCGCACCUAGUUUUUUUGGGGGGGAAAUAAAGGGGAAAAAUUAUUUCCCCCCCAGGCGCGGGGCUGGGGCGGGGGAAGCCCGAGCUUCCCCCGACCCCAGCCCCCAGAACAGGCUGCUAUCCGCAAGCCUAGGGAGCCUUCUUGAUUCAAAAUGGUUUCCAAACAUAUCCAAGCACAGACCAAAACCUAUGAUCUUGAUCACAGGAACCAUUGUGUAAGAAUUGGUCACAAUAUCUUUUAAGAGAUGUAUGACAGCUUUCCAAAAGAUAUAGUAGAUUUGGGUGGUGAGGAGAGAGGACAGGAGAAUGAAAAAACUGUGAGCUGGUUGUUAAAGUAUUAUGCUGAUGAUUUAUUCAUUACUGAAUUGAUACACAGCCCUUCCUCCCCAAGGAUCCCAGGCAGGCAAACAGAUACAAAACUGUAAAAAGAAAAACAAAAACAUUAUAAAACAGAUUAAAAUGUCCUAAAAUCAAUUGCAAUCAAAAACAUACUUCCAGCCUAUGCUCUGGAGGUGGCCAGGCGCAGUAUUCUUCAGCCACCAAAUGCUUGGGUGAACAGGGACAUUUUCUCCUAGGGAGUUAAUAAUGAUAGAGACAGGCACACCUGGCUAGAGAGGGCAUUCCUCAACUGGGGGGCCACCACCAAAGAGGCCCCUUCACAGAACACUGCCAACCACGCAGCCUUCGGUGGCAGUGCCUCCAGCAGCAAGGCCUCACCCGCCAAUGGUGACAAAAGGAGUGAGAAUGGAGGCACAGGUUGGUUGGUUGGUUUUUUAAUGAAAAUUGCAUUUCUCCUCUGCAGGCAUUAAACAGUUACACACAGGGAGAUAUAGAGGGGUCAAAAAGACUGGGCCACACCGCACUCCUGGUUGCUAUCGCAGCGAUCCUCAUUGGCCUCGUGUUGAUCGGUAUCCUUUGUGCGGUUCAUUUCACUACGGUAAGUCAGAUUUUGCCAUUCUCCAGCCAACACGCUAGAACUUGAUGCCAUCUUGAACAAUGCUGUUAAUUUGCGGAGAGGGGAGAGGUGAGAGGGAGGACAGUUAUUUCUAGUACUGUAGUGGAUACUCGCAGCUAUGACAGCUUCUAAGAUUAUGCUCUCUUCUUUAAUCUGUGUUUCUUGUGCUCUUGCAUGCUUAGAGGGCCAGGACCAGCACUCAGCAGUUGGCUUCGCUGGGUAUCUACCAGUGCCCACAUCCCAGUGUGGGGACCACUGCCAACUCCUGGAGCUCCAGGAAGCAUGGAUAGGAGAUGAGAGAAGAGGAGAUGUCCUCUGCCCACCUUGCCCCCUUCUCUUUGGGCAGAGUGGGCCUAGAGGAAGAGGGUCAAUCAAUGGGGAGCGGUGAUUUGUAGCGUAGCGGCAGGCUCAAAGCCACCAGCCCCUUCUGAAAACAGUCUUAUUAAUUUUCAGUAAUUAGGGGUGCAUUGCAACGAUCAAUGCAGAUCUUCAUGGGUUGCCUUCCAGCUAGUUCUACAGUGUUCCAUGCAUGUACAUGGGCAAAUGAUUUGGAUAUCUUCUUUUGGAGCAAGUUACAUUGUGUUUUCUGUGAAGGUCCAUUGGAUGAAACAGAACAUCUGGUGUUUUCAGUCUUCCCAAAUGUUUGGGCUUUGGAGCAGCUCUGGAUUUUAUUUUAUUUUUAAUAAUUUUUAUUAAUUUGGCGUAAUAUUCACCGGAGUCAACAUUUUCCCCAUAAUGCUUCCUCGGACUAGCGGGCAUGCCUCAGCGAUACUCCAAUUACCCAGAUUCAUAAAAACAAAAACAAAUAAACACACAUCGAUAAAGUAACACUAUAUGUGGAGAUUCUUCGAAUCUCGCAACUUCCCCCCAUCCCGUCUAUGGAGUCUUGUUUUAAAACAUCUCCAACUGCAUAUUAGUUUCUACUCCAGUUAUUAUAUCAAACCAUAUUAUCCAUAAUAUUUUUUUACACUACCAGUACAGUAUGUCAAAAUCUCUUGUUUCCAUCUGCUUACAGUGGUCUCCUAAAUAACUUGUAAAUUUUCCCCAUUCAUUUAUAAAGUUAGUUUUUUUUAAAUAAUAUUUAUUAAAGUUUCAGAGGAUACAAAAAUUACACAAGAACAAAAACAAAAAGUAAAAAUACAAAAAAUAAAAAUACAAAAUACAGGAAAAUAAAAAUACAGAAAAAAAGACAUAAAGAAAAAAAACAGUUAAACACAAUAUCAUUAUUUUCAGACUCCAUUAACUGUCAAUUUCCUUAUUUUCUUAGACCUCCUCCUACCUCCCUUCCUUUGUAUUCUAGUUCAAAUUGAUUAUCCAGCAAAUCCUUUCCUUUCCAUAUUAAAAAAAAUUCUAUCAUUACAUUACCCUCGACUAAUUUAAUCCUCUUUCUAUAAUAAACUAAACCUUAAAGUUUAAAACUUAAGUCUUAACCUUACCAGCUUCUUGUAAUCAUAAUAUUCUUUCAUAAUUCUUUAUGCAUCUUUACUAAAGCCAGGUAAUUUCUUCCAACAUUUUUCUAUCAUUCAUCAGCUUUAUAAAACAUUCUGAUAAUAAAGAAAAAUAGGGGGGGAAAAGAUAUAGACAAGUCCAAUCUUUAUCCAACGUCCCUUCCUCCUGGUUCCGGGAUUUGUCAGUCCUUAUUCCCAUCAGCUUAACCCGGUAACCUUAUGUCCGAGGCCCUCAGGUCACUUCCGCGGCUCUUCUUCAUACUUAUAGCUGUAAUUUCCCUUAUCUCCUCGUAAUAACUCCAGCUUGACAAUGUCUCUUGUUCGUGGUAACUCCAACAUAGUAAUGUUUUUAACCCUUCUCGUCAGAUCAGACCCUUUUCCAUAUUCAUCGCUGCAUUCCAUAUAGUAUUUAAAAACAUGUUUUUAUCCUCUUGGUUUCUGAGUUUUCCAGUCAGCUUUGCCAUUUUGGCAUCGUCCACCAGCUUGAUUUGCCAUUCUUCCCUGGUAGGGAGCAGCUCUGGAUUUAGGGCAGUGUGGGCUGUCCCCCCCCCCAGCACACAGGAUGCCCAGCCGAGGGGGUGCAAAACAACAACCACCACUUAUAUUUAUAAGGGUACCUAGUGAGAAGAUCCAUAAAAAUCAACUGUACCAAAAGGAAUUACGGUAUUGCGAAAAUGAGAAAUAUUUCUGGGGGUGGGGGAAGCAUCAAAUUUUGUCCUUGCUCAAGGGUGUCAUAUUACCAAAGUCCACCCCUGUUUGGAGCAUGCAGAACAACUCCUCUUCAGCCCAUCCUCAAUGGCUAACUCAGCUCCUUUCACUCCAGUUGCCUCCAAGAGCCAGUGUGGUGUAGUGGUUAAGAGUGGUAGACACGUAAUCUGGUGAACUGGGUUCGCUUCCCCGCUCCUCCACAUGCAGCUGCUGGUGACUUUGGGCUAGUCACACUUCUCUGAAGUCUCUCAGCCUCACUCACCUCACAGAGUGUUUGUUGUGGGGGAGGAAGGGAAAGGAGAUUGUUAGCCGCUUUAAGACUCCUCAGGGUAGUGAUAAAGCGGGAUAUCAAAUCCAAACUCCUCCUCCUCCUCUUCUUCUUCUUCUUCCAAUCAGCACAUAGUGGGAAAAGGCUGCUUAUCAGUAGCUAAAAAAGCUCCUCUUUCAUGCUGAUUGGGUGAAUCCAGGAGUCUAGGGACAGGGACCCUGCUGCAGAAAUAUGAAUGGGUCUUUGACCCCAACAUGACCCCAGACCAAAACACCACUGGGCAACGCACAGGCUCUGGUUAAAUUCCCAAGAAGCCAAAGCUUUCAUUUUAAGAAAUAAAGUCUCUAGACCUCAUGAGCUGAAACUAGUGGAGCUGUUUUGUAAAUACCAAAAAACAAAACAAAACAAAACACCCGCACAAAAACAGAUCAAAGGAGCAGGCAAACAGCCCAAAUACAUUAAAACAUUAUUUUGUGAUUUCAGGUUCUGAAUGAAUAAUAAUGAGACUAGUGGUAGCAAUGACAUCUGAGUGUGCAACCCUGUGCACACUCCCCUGUCUCCCCAUAAAUCUUAGUCCUUCCUCCGGAUAUCCCGAGGAGGAGGCCAAAGCUGCAACCCUAUACCCACUUACCUGGGAGUAAGCCCCAUUGUACCCAGUGGGACUUCCUUCUGAGUAGACACGGAUUGGAUUGCACUGUAAAGACCCCAGAACUUCAGGUCAGGCUGCAUCGCCAGCUGGCAGCCUUACCUUGUCACGAUGUAGGAUCUGAAAGGGAAAGUUGCAUAAGGGAAAGGUGGAAGGAAGUGGAUAAAUUUAGCCCAAAGAAGAUUAAGGGGGGAAUUCCGUCAAGUAUCUAGAAGGAAGAUGGGAAAUGCUUGCGCUUUCAGCCUAAGCAGCGAGGAGCAGAGGCAUCUUCCCAGAGGUAUCUGGUUGGCAGCUGCAACGAAACGAUGCUGGCUGAGGUGGACCUUUGGCCUGAUCCAGAACCCAGGCCCUCCCUCCCCUGUCAGAGCCAGUAUGCUUCUGAAUUAACAGUUGACACGGGGAAAGAAGAUAGAGGAAACUUUUCUUCCCUCUCUCCUAACUCUAGAACUGACCAACAUCCAAGGAAGCGGAAGAUAUGGGAUGGAUUAAACCAGGGGUCAGCAACCUUUUACAGCCGUGGGUCAGUCCACCGUCCCUCAGAGCAUGUGGUGGGCCAGACUAUUUUUUGGGGGGGGGGAAUGAACGAAUUCCUAUGCCCCACAAAUGACCCAGAAAUGCAUUCUUAAUAAAAGGACACAUCCCACUCAUGUAAAAGUACGCCGAUUCCCGGACCGUCCAUGGGCCGGAUUGCGAAGGUGAUUGGGUCACAUCCGGCUCCCGGGCCUUAGGUAAUAAUAAUAAUAAUAAUAAUAAUAAUAAUAAUAAUACAGUGGUGCCUCGCAAGACGAAAUUAAUUCGUUCCGCGAGUUUUUCCGUCUUGCGGUUUUUUUCGUCUUGCGAAGCACGGUGUUGGAAAAGUUUUGGAAAAGCUUCAAAAAUCACCAAAGUCUUCAAAAACCUCAAAAAAGGCUACCACACCGCGUGCUAUGAGUUGCUCCUGGAAGUCAAGUCGCAACUGUAUUAACGGUUUUAAGAAAAAGGAAACAAACUUGCAAGACGUUUCCGUCUUGCGAAGCAAGCCCAUAGGGAAAAUCGUCUUGCAAAGCAACUCAAAAAACAAAAAACCCUUUCGUUUUGCGAGUUUUCCAUCUUGCGAGGCAUUCGUCUUGCGAGGUACCACUGUAUACAGUGGUACCUCGGGUUACAUACGCUUCAGGUUACUGACUCUGCUAACCUAGAAAUAGUGCUUCAGGUUAAGAACUUUGCUUCAGGAUGAGAACAGAAAUCAUGCUCCGGCGGCCCGGCGGCAGCAGGAGGUCCCAUGAGCUAAAGUGCUGCUUCAGGUUAAGAACAGUUUCAGGUUAAGUACGGACCUCCGGAACGAAUUAAGUACUUAACCCAAGGUACCACUGUAUUUAUUUAUACCCCAUCCAUCUGGCUGGGCUUCCCCAGCCACUCUGGGCGGCCUCCAACAAAAUAUUAAAAUACAGUAAUGCAUCACACAUUAAAAGCUUCCCUAAAAAGGGCUGCCUUCAGAGGUCUUCUAAAAGUCUGGUAGUUGUUGUUCUCUUUGACAUCUGGUGGGAGGGCGUUCCACAGGGCGGGGGCCAGUACUGAGAAGGCCCUCUGCCUGGUUCCCUGUAACUUGGCUUCUCGCAGUGAGGGAACCACCAGAAGGCCCUCAGAGCUGGACCUCAGUGUCCGGGUAGAAAGAUGGGGGUGGAGACACUCCUUCAGAUAUACUGGACCAAGGUUGUCUACCCCUGGAUUAAAAAAAAAAAGGACUUCUUCAUGCAGCACAUCGUUAACCUGUGGUACCCGCUCCUGCAGGAGGCAGUGAUAGCCACCAACUUGGAUGGCUUUAAAAGAGGAUUAGACAAAUUCAUGGAGGAGAAAGCUCUCAGUGGCUACUAGCCAAUAUGGCGAAGCUUUGCCUCCACGGUUGGAAGCAGUAAGUGCUUCCCAAUAGCAGUUGCUGGAGACCACAGGAGGGGAGAGGGCUCUUUUGCUCACGUCCUGCUUGUGAGUUUCCCAGAAAAGGCAUCUAGUUGGCCACUGUGAGAAAAGGAUGCAGGGGGCUGGAUGGGCCUCCUUUGGCCUAGAUCCAGCUAUAGGGCUCCCCUGGCGUUCUUAUGAGCAUGAAACAAUAAGGCUGAUGGCCUGAACCGUAAGAAUGGAGCAGGGAAUGAAGGGAAGGCUGGUUUCACACAUGCAGGUUCAUGGCAGUAUCAUCAGGUGGGCGGAAGCAGCCAUGGUGGCCCAACAGCCAUAGGCAAAGGUGUUCCAUCACUUCAUUUUCCCACGGAGGUGGCUCACCCACUCAGCUGAAAGGCUGGGGAGGGAUGUACCGUAUUUUUCGCUCUAUAAGACACACCAGACCAUAAGACGCACCUAGUUUUUGGAGGAGGAAAACAAGAAAAAAAAUAUUCUGAAUCUCAGAAGCCAGAACAGCAAGAGGGAUCGCUGCGCAGUGAAAGCAGCAAUCCCUGUUGCUGUUCUGGCUUCUGUGAUAGCUGCGCAGCCUGCAUUCGCUCCAUAAGACGCACACACAUUUCCCCUUACUUUUUAGGAGGGAAAAAGUGAGUCUUAUAGAGCAAAAAAUACGGUAGCUCAGUAGUAGGGCAUCUGCCUUGCAUGCGCAUGGUCACAGGUUCAAUCCCUGACAUUGCCAGGUAGGGUUGGGAAUUUCCCCAGUCUGGAACCCUGGAGAGCUGCUGCCAGUCAGUGCGGACAAUACUGAGCUAGAUGGACCAAAUAAUCCGAUUCAGUAUAAGGUAGAUUCCUGCAGCUGAAUAAUCCUAUGCCUGAAACAUCAUGUACAGCAGGUAUCAUCAAUCUUUUCAGGCCCAUGGCUCACUUUUAAUCCAAACAGGCUUUGGAGGCCUCAUUUCUUAAUCGUUCGCCAUCUAUCUGCAUGGCUGUGAUGUUUCUGUUGUGACGCACUAGUGGGUCUCAGCUGACCAGCUGAAGACCAGUGAUGCACAGGCAUGUGCGAAUCUACUUAUGGGUGCUGCUUGUGCAAGUUGAGUGCAGAAUUCGGUAUGGGGUGGGGACCUCGAUUUUCAUUAAAGAGGGGAUUUAAGUUCCUAGUCCCUAAGACUAUGAAGAACAUGUUGAAAGUGUAAAACAGGCAUAGGCAAACUCGGCCCUCCAGAUGUUUUGGGACCACAACUCCCAUCAUCCCUAGCUAACAGGACCAGUGGUCAGGGAUGAUGGGAAUUGUAGUCUCAAAACAUCUGGGGGGCUGAGUUUGCCUAUGCCUGGUGUAAAAUCUCACGUGGACAGAACCUGGGUGAAAGGAAAACCCAGAAGUCAGGAGGUUGCGCUUGGGUGCCUGCAGAGCUCCUUACCUAUUGCUGUGACUAGUCAAAUAAGGUAUGCAAGUGAGAAGAUCAAAUUAUCUAAAGUAAUACAGUAUUUUGAAAUGCAGUAAGCCCUUUCUCCUCCUGUGAAGAGGCUGCAUCCUAAUGUUUUAAUGUUGUAUUUUAAACUUGUUUUUUAAAUUGUAUUUUAAUCAACUUGUUUUCAUUAUUGGUUGUUAGCUGCCCUGAGCCCGGUCUUGGCUGGGGAGGGCGGGGUAUAAAUAAUAAUAAUAAUAAUUACUACUACUACUACUACUACUACUACUACUUGUGUACAAUCAGCUUUAUGCAAAAUAAAAUAGAAAGGGGGCGGGCAUCCAGGAAAAAAGACUUUAGCAAUCCCACUUGCCAUUGGACUUACAGUGUUUUUAACUAGAUGCAAUGUUGGCUUUAGGGGUGAUACCUGGAAUGUUCCCCCUGUGUAAACUGGGCUUACUGUAUGCAUCCCUUUUGGUAGGUAGGGAAUUGGGGGGAGUGGAUGCAAAAGGGGACCGUGGCUCCUUCACCUUCAGGGGCAGGAGCCUGCCACCCUAUCCAAUUAAGGAUUGCUCACAUUGCUACUUAUCUCCAGAAUCUUCACAGCACUCCUGUAAGGUAGGCCAAAGACUAUAGCCAGAGGUCCUGCACCUUUAAGAGCUGAACAGAAGAGGGGAUUUCAAUACUAUUAAAGGUGCAGGAGCAUUUUGCCUCUGUUGCAUUUGGCUACCUUAUUAGAACCAGGAUUGUGAAACCUGCGGCCCUCCAGAUCGCAUCAUCUCCAACUCUUGGCCACCUGGAAACUGCAACGUAAAAGACAGCUUUCCUUGACACAGCCUUUUGGUUAUUUCUCUCCCCCGUAUAAAAAUCUCUGUUUCUAUGACCUAUGCACGUCCCUAGAUGCUGUUGGACUCCAACUCCCAUCAUCCCUGACCAUUGACUAAGUUUGCCAGGGAUGAUGGGAGUUGGAGUCCAACAUGUGGAGCUCCAAGGUUGAAGAGUGCUAUCCUGCGCUCUCAUAGAGCAGCCUUUGCUAACCUGGUGCCCUCCAGAUUCUUUGGAAUACAACUUCUUCGAGAGCCAGUGUGGCAUCGUGGUUGGAGUGUCGGCUCUGGACCUGGGAAACCAGGGUUUCAAAUCCUCGCUCGGCCACGUGAAACUCACUGGGUAACCCUGUGCCAGUGGCUGCCUCUCGGCCUAAUUUGCUUCACAGGUUUGCUGUGGGUAUUAAAUGGGGAGGGAGAGAACCACGUACAGUGGUACCUCAGGUUAAGAAGAUAAUUCGUUCUGGAGGUCCGUUCUUAACCUGAAACUGUUCUUAACCUGAGGUACCACUUUAGCUAAUGGGGCCUCCCGCUGCCACCGUGCGAUUUCUGUUCUCAUCCUGAAGCAAAGUUUUUAACCUGAGGUACUAUUUCUGGGUUAGUGGAGUCUGUAACCUGAAGUGUCUGUAACCCGAGGUACCACUGUUCGCCACUUUGAGCUCCUUGUAGAAUAAAUAAUAUAAAUAUAAAUGCAAGAAAGAAAUAACGCCAAAAUAUCUGUAGGGCACUCUGUUGUCUAAGAGAGAUUGCAGGGAGAUGCCACUCAUGGAUGGACACAGGAAGUUAGUUCCUCUGCUGUACUGCCACGUCGUGGGUGUCUGGCAACCUUCGCUGGCAUAUUUACAUCGCUGGCUCUUCAUCCUGGCAGAUGGAAUUACCAGCUGUCCCCAAAGACGCAGGAGCAGCAGAAGGGCUGUGGUGGGAUGUUUCUGCAAGACACACAAGUUGAGAUGGGCAUGAACUUUUCACCUCUUUCUGCUGGACACCGUGCUUGAGGAGGAUGGGUUGUGUGUGUUUCUCUCCCCCACAACCGAAACCAGAGCUCUCAAGAAACUUCCUAAAUAAUUAGGCCUGCAUGCUUGAAACUGUUUAUUACUUAGUCCUUUUUUAAAACAUCUGCCCUGGAUCUUCCAAUAAUCAGCUCCGUUGCAUGUCCAAAAGUUCUUCUGUCAUAAGAGAGGGAGAAAAACAACCUAUCCAUUUCUUCAUGCCCUGCAUAAUUUUGUGAACCUAUAUCUAAUCCUUGCUCACUUUUGCUCUAAACUGGAAAAAGUCCAUAAUACUUGCAUUAGAUGUGGUAGAAAAUGUGGGAGGCACAUACUUACACAAUCCAUUAUGCACAGCAGUCCUUUGGGGUCUUUUCCCUGUGCUGCAACUGCUAUGAGGGAGACUCCUGGUGGAAACCUCAGGGGUCAGGGGUCAGCAAACUUUUUCAGCAGGGGGCCGGUCCACCAUCCCUCAGACCUUGUGGGGGGCUGGACUAUAUUUGGGGGGGGGGAUGAACGAAUUCCUAUGCCCCACAAAUAACCCAGAGAUGCAUUUUAAAUAAAAGCACACAUUCUACUCAUUUUGGAACUACAAUUCCCAUCAUCCCUAGCUAACAGGACCAGUGGUCAGGGACGAUGGGAACUGUAGUCUCAAAACAGCUGGAGGGCCAGAGUUUGCCUAUGCCUAUAGAAUCUACCACUGAGCUGUGACUCUUCUCUCUCCUUAACUAUGACCUUCCUUUCCCCUUUAAGUCAGGUGUGGGGAAACUUUGGCCCCCCUGAUGUUGCUGAACUGCACCACCCACCACCCCUGGCCAUCGGCUCUGCUUGCUAGGGCUUCUGGGAGUUGUAGUCCAGCUGGGAGUUGUAGUCCCCCAUUCCUGCCUCUGCGUUACAGCUGUGCUUUGCCGUUAUGAGCACCAGCGGCUCUGGUAAUUGCCCAGGGUGUGGCUGAUUGCUUCUUCUAUGUUAAAACAAGGAAGGCUUUAUGAAAACACCAAAAAACAAAACAAAACAAAAGCCAUUAGUGAAUAUCAAACCAUUUCCUGACAGUCAGGAAUCCAUUGAUUUUUCGAGAUCGCCCUGAUACAUAAUUCAGCACGAACUGGCAGCGAGAUGACAGCUACCAGUGGAGACUUAAUGCUUGUGAUUCAAAAGAGUAUUGAGCCACUAAUGCAGUGAGUUGUUUGUUUAAUGGGAACAAGGGCUAUUAAAUAAUGUGUCCAUUAGGCCUUGAGGAUGAAUAAUUUAAAUAAGGCAAUCAAACUUUCUAACUUUCUCUUCUUCUUCUUCUCUCUCUCCCCUUCCCAAAUUCUCCUCUUCUCUUUGUGGGAGGGAAAAACCGCCAUUAUUUUUAACACCAAUGCAGCACGUCAUCUGA